AUGCAUAAAAUCCUCGAGUUUCAAGCAGUUGUUCUAGCAGCAGGUAGAGGUUCUCGUUUACCUGAUGUUGGCGGUACAGUAUCAAAAUGUCUUCUUCCAGUUGGACCAUACCCUGUCCUCUGGUAUUCCUUAAAUAUGUUAGAAAGACAUGGCUUUCAAGAGACUAUGGUAGUGGUGCUUGAAGAAGACAAAUCUAACAUUCUCAAUGCACUGGAAAAAUGUCCCUUGAAAAUUAAGUAUGAAUUAAUUGUUAUCCCCUCCUCAAUUCUUGAAGACGGCGGUACUGCAAAUACUUUAGAACACAUAAGUAGUCGUGUAACAACAGAUCUAGUAGUGGUAUCUGGUGAUCUAAUUAGCAAUGUUAAUUUAAAUGAGGUUCUAAACCUAUACCGCAAGCAUGAUGCAACCCUUGCUACCUUAUUCUUUAAUAAUGAUGUGGAAGAAUGGUUUGAACUACCUGGACUGAAAAGCAAAGCUAAACCAGACCGAGACCUAGUCUGUAUAGACAAGGAGACACAAAGGUUAGUAUUUUUAGCCAGUGCCAGUGACUUUGAAGGAAAUGUGAAACUACCAAGAGUACUUAUAAAAAAAUUUCAUACAAUUAGUAUGUAUAGUAGAUUAUUAGAUGCACAUUUGUAUGUAAUGAAAAAUUGGGUUAUAAAUUACCUUGUUAAAUGUGACAAGUUUACUUCGAUCAAAGGAGAACUUAUUCCACACAUUGUCAAAAAACAACUUACUAAACCCAAAACUACCUCUGAGAAGAAAGACAUUACAGAUAAAAAAACUGAUAAUAAAAUAGACAUAUUUGACUUUGCGCAUGAACAUGGCUAUGAAAGUAAGAUAAGGGAAAUGUCAGUAUACAAUGAUCACAGCCUAGGUAGCAAAGGAGUUUAUUACAAUGAUAUCCUUAGAUGCUAUGCUCAUAUACCUGACAAAAAUACUUUUGGUAUUCGUGUAAAUACUUUAUCUGCAUUUAAUUUAUCAAACAAAAAGAUACUGUCUAAAUGGGAAGAAAUAACAGGAACAGUCCUUACUGAAAGAAUUCAUUCAAACAGUGAUGUAAAAACUAAGCAAAUUGAUGAAACAUGUACUGUUGGUGAAAAAACAGUAAUUGCGGAAAGAACAUCCAUUAAAAGUACAUUUAUUGGUGCAAACUGUACAAUUGAGAACAAAGUCAGGUUGACAAACUGUAUAUUAAUGAACAAUGUCACAGUAAAAGAGGGGUGCGUGCUUCAAGAUUGCAUUAUCUACACUGGAGCUACGUUAUACAAUGACUGUAAUCUCCAAUAUUGUCUCGUUGGACCUCAUCAUGCUGUGCCUUCUUCAUCCUCAGGGAACCAUAUGCUAUUGGAGAAAAUUACUGAUAAUAUGAUUACACUUGGA